CCUAGGCCACGCGGGACGCAGCCGCUGCGCUUCGCCUUCGCGAGACAGGUUCCACACGCGCCCUUUUUUUUUUAUAGACUAGACUAGCCUCGCGUCUUUUUUUACUCUCUCUCUCUCUCUCUCUCCCUCUCUCUCUCUCUCUCUCUCUCUGUAAUUCUCUCUGUGUCUCUCUCCCUCCCACUAAUCUCACCUACUCCUCUCUUGGUCGCCUCGAGCCCACCCGUGGGAGUUAAAGAAAGAAGAAGGAAAGAAGUGAAGGAAGAAGCGCGCUGCCGGGAGGGAGACGUGUUUCCGAGGAGAGCGGUAAGCAGAUAUAGUUUUUCUUCUGAUCUCUGGUCGAUGGAUUUCUCACUGACAAUACAACAAUAUUUUAGCUAGAAAAUCGAGUGAAGCAUGGGGGACUGGAGCUUUCUAGGGCGGCUGCUGGAGAAUGCUCAAGAACACUCCACUGUAAUUGGAAAGGUUUGGCUGACUGUCCUCUUCAUCUUCCGUAUCUUGGUGCUGGGCGCAGCAGCUGAAGAGGUUUGGGGUGAUGAGCAGUCUGACUUUACUUGUAACACGCAGCAGCCCGGUUGCGAGAACGUCUGCUACGACGAGGCCUUCCCCAUCUCCCACAUCCGCUUCUGGGUGCUGCAGAUCAUCUUUGUCUCCACGCCCACUCUCAUCUACUUGGGCCAUGUGCUGCACAUCGUCCGCAUGGAGGAGAAGAGGAGGGAAAGGGAGGAGGAGCUCAGGAAGGCCGGACGGCACCAGGAGGACCACGACCCUCUCUAUCACAACGGAGUCGGUGAUGGAGGAAGAGGAGGAAGUGGGAAGAAGGAGAAGCCACCAAUUCGUGAUGAGCAUGGGAAGAUCCGGAUCCGCGGGGCGUUGUUGAGGACCUACAUCUUCAACAUCAUCUUCAAGACUCUGUUUGAGGUGGGCUUCAUCCUGGGACAGUACUUCCUCUACGGCUUCCACCUGAGGCCGCUCUAUAAAUGUGGCCGCUGGCCCUGCCCCAAUACUGUGGACUGCUUCAUCUCCAGGCCCACUGAAAAGACGAUCUUCAUCAUCUUCAUGCUGGUGGUUGCCUGUGUCUCUUUGGUCCUCAACUUGCUGGAGAUCUACCACCUGGGCUGGAAGAAAGUCAAGCAGGGGGUCAGCAAUGAGUUUGUACGCGACAGUGAGUCGCUGCUGCCGGGCGGAGACGAGCCUGGAGACGCAGAGACGAUUCCUGAGCAGACCUCUGCGUCAGCGCUCGACUGUUUGCCGGCGUACGCCAGCGUGAACGUGUCGGGUGGAGCAGCAGAGGGAGGAGCCUACGGUCCAACCGAAGCCUCCCCUGCCUCUGUGCUCGCCACACACAAGAUGGACGGCUCAGCGUUCCACGCAGACAACUUCCUUUUGGAGGCCCAACCCACUUCUUAUUAUGGUGAGAAAGUGCGUGUUGGGAGCCACGGGCAGCUGAUGGCGAUGGAGCAGAACUGGAGGAACAUGGCACAGGAGCUCCACAAUCUGGAAGGAAAAAACUCCAGCUCCUCUUCCUCCUCCUACCCUCCUCCUCUUCCCUCUCCUCCCACCUCUGCCUCUUCCUCUCCUCAUGAGGAGACCAUCCCACCGCUUCCGCAAGGGGAGCAACACUCCACAUUUCCUACACUUCCUCGUCAUACCCCUCUCUCUACCCUCGCACCGGCGGUGGAUGAGGAAAACACAUCACCUUGUAUGGUCCCACAUGACGACUUCACCGUGGUUACCCGGGCGGAGAUGCAUCAGCCUCCUGCUGCUGCUGCGAGAGACAUCCGGAAGCCAAGUCGGGCCAGCAAGAGCAGCGGCGUCCGAGCUCGCCCCGAUGACCUGGCAGUGUAGCUAAAACACACACACACUCACACAUUUACACAACCAUGCAUCCAUGCUGUGUACACAGAAAAUCUACAUAAGCAUUUUUUUCCACAUACAGUAUGCACAACAGCAUAAAACCACACACAAGCAUGCCCUCCAGCAAAAGACAUGCUUGCAUGGAAGACGUGCAAAUCACUACCACAUUCAGGUGGAGGUGGCUGCUUAUUUUAAUCUCAGAAUUAUGAACUAGAAGUAGGGAUAGGUAGGGAGUUUGGCCAGAUAUGAGCUUCACAACUUGUAAGACAUCAGCUCACAGGGGCUUUGCAGAAAUCUCCUAGCAACACAUCUGGAGUCAUAUCGGAGUCGACUCUAGCUCCAUAGUUAGCGCACAGACACGAGAGUGGUAUCAAUCUUCUUAUCCAACUCCGGUAAAAUCGUGAAUUACCAUAUUUUCUAAAAUGUAACUAUUCCUUCAAACAAUACAAUCAGUGGACGAUCUCCAACAUGGCUGCCAAAGAGUAGAUUACAGUAUCUACAUUAGUUUUUUUUAAUGAUUAGUUGCUUGGUACAAAGAGAGACAUUAAGUACCAACAUGGCUGACACUUACUGUACUGGCCCUACUCUUACAUUUCUCUGGAGAGGUUGGACAGGGGAGGUAUAAAGGCCCAUGAAAUGGGAAUCACAAACACUUACAUACACAUACUUACACACACAUAUAGCCAGCACAGACACAAAUACGUAAAGGUUAUAGUGAUGAUGAUGAUGAUGAUGAUGAUGAUGAUUAUUAUGAUUGGACUAACUAAUGAGUUUGGGAGCGUAGAGGCAGCAAUACCAUAUUCUUUUAUUUUCAUCUAUCUUUCAUUUCUUUGCUGGGAGACAUCAGAGGAGAGGUUUGCACUUUUGUUUCUUUAUUUUUAUUUCUCUUGUGACGUGAUGAUGGAGCUGAACAGUCCAGUGUGUCCUAUGUGUCUGUCUGUGUGCGCGGCGCUCACCCAGCCUGUAGUUUCAAUGAAGAGAGGGAUGCACAGACGUUAGGACAGAGCGGGAAGAGAGCGAUAAAGCAGUCCCACCCUGAGACAUAGUCUUUAGGCUUCACAGGCUCUGUGUGUGUGUGUGUGUGUGUGUGUGUUUGGGUACCUUAAUCUUGUUUCAGUGUUUACAAAAUGACAUCUCUGCAGUUACAUCAGGGUAAACUAUAUAAAGUAUAUAAAUAUGUAAAUAUAUCAUGAUUAAUAGUAUUGAUAGGCACCACAGGAUGUUAUACAGAACUACCUACAUUUAAGAAAAAGUUAGUUUCUGGUCAAGCUGCAAUUUAUAGCGACUUUUACCUAGAAAAUCAAAAGUGCUUUAGCGUUUUCUGACAUUGGCUCCACAGGUCACUUUAUGCAAAAAGAAAUCCAAUGUUAGAAGACUUUAGGGAAUUUAAAGUAAUAAUAGUACACAAUCAAGGGAUUUAACAACAUUUAAAGCAAUUUUAAGCUCUGCAGCUUGAACAGAGCAUACAAAAUCAGUACCCCUUCUUUCUGAUGCUUGUGUUUGCAGUGUGUUACAGAACUGUCGAGUUCCCCCUAGCUGUUCUGUAUAGGCGGACUCUAAGUUAUUUUUCUAGACUAGCUGUAGAUUACACAGUAGCUUUUAGAUUUUUUGAACAAAAAGGAAGCAAUAUGAUCAAAAAAAAAGUGCUAACUUUUAUUUCUUUGUCAGUUCUUAACAGACAUCCCACAUAGGAAUGUUCAUUUUUCCUGUUCUUCUCAUUAAUUCCUGCCAAAAAAAACAAAAAAAUACAGAAAAUGGCUGAUAUAAAUUCACUUCCCAACAGCUUUAAUUUAUCAAAUCAAAUUAUUAAUGUUUUCAUUCAGGAAUAAAAAUGCACAUUUUUAGCAAGUCAACAAAGGAGAUUGGUUUGGGGCGAACCGCAUUUUGGGUUUGUAUAUCUUUGUGUUUCUCUCUGAGCAGAAUAUUAGUUAAUUAUACUUGAAAUAGUACUACUAGACUACUAGAAAAGUGCUAGAUUAUAUCACAUGUGCCUGAAGUAGCAUUUGAACACAUAACCAAAAUAACCAAAUGAAAGUAAAGAAAAGUCUGAUUUAAUAUGUUUCCAUUUCGAUAUAAACAAAAUGUUGUUUUUGUAGUUUGUAGAUAAAAUAAUCUUAACUCAAGGUCCACUUACUCACUUUUUCUGAAGCUUUCCACCACAUCUCACAGUCUUCAUUGUUUUUGUAGUCUUGUCCAGGUCUGGUCAAAUGUUGUAGCAUCAGGUAACUAACCCGUGACAUUAUCCUGGGUUCAUUCUCUUCAGAAAAGACUGUCAUGCUGCAUGAGUCAGAUCUUAGAGUGCCUCGAUUAAUGUUUGACUCUAAAAUGGUCACAUAUCGUACAAAUAAAUCAAUAUACAGGGAAUGCUGCUCAUCUGCAUUCAUGGCAACUUGGAACAUGUUUAGUUAGUUCAAACAUUUGGGUAUAAUAGCCAUGGCUUAAGUACAUUAAGCUCAGAAUUAGCAUUGACACUAACUUCUAAAUUGCUAUUGUUGAUUGCAUAUUGUAUGUUUAUUACACAUUAUUAACUAAGUUAAUUAUUCUACAUUGUCAAAACUGGUAUCCUCAAUGUUUUUUUUUUUUAAUUGUUAAAGGAAUAGUUCGGUGGAUUUUCCCCAGUCUUUAUGCUUAGCAAAGCUACGUGUCUCCUCAGUGUUUUAGACAACAGGCAAAAAGUUACAUAUUACAGCUUUUUGCAUUAAGUAAGCAAUUAACAGGUCCAGGCUGCAAAAUGGCAUUUAACAAUACAGCCCUCCUCCUGCAGCUCUCUCCUCUCUGUCCUCAGCCCCUCCCUUCAUACAGUAUGAGUACGAGUCAUUCAUUUCAGCCAUCCUGAUCGUGAUUAGGAUCCAGAUGUCGUGCUACAGCGGCAAUUCUAUGAGAAUUACCGUCCUGUUUUCUUUGUAAAGCCCUUUGAUGAUACUGUGAUUUGAGGCUCUAGCUAGCUACAUAAACAAAAACUUGAAUCAGCCGCAGCCAUAAACCUUUGGCUACGGUUAGCAGAAGGCUAAACUAUAAGCAACAUUGUCUCUCGAUCUCUGAAACGCUUCGCCGAUAUUGACACGUCUUAGUGUUUAUUGUCAUACUCUCUUUUAGACUCUCUGUAGUGCUAUUGUAGCCCCUUACUGAGAAAAAAAUGAUUUCAGACAUUGUGCCGCUGAAAUACAUUAUUUAAGGUGGAAUGUUUUCCUGCAUGUUACUCAAUGCAUUUGCAGUUAAUGUCGUGCUCUUCUCUGGACUGGCUUUGGCAAGAGUUUGAUUGACAGAUGUUUCAUCCAAUCACCUGCCAGAUAUUUUUUUUGAAAGUACCUGCCCUUUUCCAAACUGUUUCCAAUGAUGGCGUCAUUUCUAAAGCCUGAAAACGUCUAAUUUUCUCUCAGACUACUCAAAUAACAAUAUGCUGAAAGGUUAUUAUGGAAUUUUUGCCCAAUGAGGACAUCAUUUUUUUUUUUACUUAACUUAAACUUUAAUUGUUGCAUUUUAUUCAGGUGUUCCAGUCCCAGGGACAUGCAUUGUGCGGCUCACUGUCAUGGCUAAUUGAAGUACUCAAAUUAAACAGAGCCAUCGUUAAUGGUAUUUAUUCCCCCUCUGCUUUCCUGCGCUGACAAAAUGUCUGCUGUGAAAGAUGUCUGUCACAUUUGAUCACCGUGUGGUCCUCAUCUCAGUUGUGCUAUGAAGCUACGCUUUAAUUUGAGUAUGAACAUGGAGUUUGUGAUUACGGGGCUUUUGGCACAGAGAUCGGUAGCGUGUCAAAGGGCAUUUUUAGAACUUUUAAUUUGAAAAUGUAUUAUUUCUAACUUGCCAUGAAUGCAACCAAUUCACUUUUAUAAACCAAAUGUAACAUGAGGUGACAAAUGAGAGGCAAGAUGCAGUAAAAAAAAGCACUUAAAUUGAAAUGUUGGUACAUUUUUAGUACAACAAAUGUUCUAAAGAAAGGAUGAACCAUAGACUGAAUCUAAGCUGUUUGCUGACUGUCUAAUGUUUACAUUUCUCUGAUCAAACUUAGGUGCCAAUAAACAACUUCAGCACACUAUGGCAGCUGAAGAACAUAAUCUAUUUUUAGGAAAGAAGUUAUUAGCUGUGAUGUGUAAGAUUUAACCAAAGAUAUUUAACAAACCAAAGAUAUUUUGUGCCAAAGAUAUCACAAUACAGUGAUGGAAUUUCUAAAGAGCUCUGCUUGGGAACCCCAGCCCUAAACCUAAAAAUCACGAAUCCAAUCACAAGAUCCGUUUACCAAGCCUUUCAUGAAUCUGGGAAAGGACACUUCCACUUAAAAAUAUAUUAUGUUGACCUUGUUCUCUAAAAGAGAACAAGGUUAUUUGACUCAUUUCAAUUGCUGAAAUGUUUUUCAUAACCUUGUUGUUCCAAGCUGUUCAUAGUACUUUGGAUAUGUAGAUACAGAUUUGCACAGUUAGAUAGUUAUAGACCACUGUUAUGAGGUUAUGAAGAUAUUAUAAAUAGAAGAGAAAAAGUGUGUCCUUGGAGGAGGGAUAUUAACAUAUUUUUGUUUAUUUAUGGAAAUAACACUAUGACAUUAGACUUGGAAUGGACAAGAAAUUAAUCUAAAGUGAUUGUUCUUUUUUUGUCCUGAAAUUGAGAGAGACUUUUGGCUAUUCCAACUUUUACACCAUGGAUGUGCCUUGAAUAAAAAUCCUGCGAUGGAAAACAGAGGUUGUGUGAUGGGAUUUUCAUGGCUCCCCUAUGCAGGGACACAGACUCCCGCGUGUUAGAAAUGAAGAACAACCCCUGCUAUUACUCCCGUUGUAAAACGACUGUCUUUGAAGAGAAGUGCCUUGCGUCUAAACCUUUUGUUAAAGAACAUGUUGAUGUAAAUGUUCAUUUACCUCAGAUGUUUACAGAACUGUUACUGAAUAAACUUUUUGUACCAUA